AUGUCGUACGCCAUUCUGGUCGACAAGUACAGAUACAUUACGGGAGAGGAGGGGCCGUGGGGGCCUGCCAUGAUCAACUUGGACCGUUUGCGCCGGGCCGUUCACACCACACUCUUCCAUUGUUGGAAAUCCAACCACUUCGCUCCCACCACCUUCAAGACGUGCCCCGCCUUGGGCCAUGCUGAGGUAUGCUCCCUCAUCUGCAUCAGCAGCGCAAUCAGCUUUUGUCCCAGGCGGAGAAUACCAUUAUCGGCCCCCAUCUGGUUGGACCCCUGA